GGCCCAUUAAAAGUUCAUUUUCGCUACGCCGCCAGACGUGCGCACUCGACGCACUAAAUUCUUAUCCGUUUCGUACGAUCAACGUUUUCGACCCUUUUUUAACAAUUGUUUUUAUAUUUUUAUUGUUUUAAAAAACAUUUUUAGAAUCUUUAAUUACUUCUUUACGUCUAUCAAGUGUUAAUUUUUUAAGUUCAUAGAACUAUUUUUCUAUUGUCAUCCCUUAGAACAUCAACGAGGAAUUAUUUUAUUGAACGACCGGAAAUGGACACGUUGGAAAUCACAAUAUCACGAAGGAAGUGAAAUUGAAAGACGAACGAUACAUUUAAGCUGUAAUGAUAUCUUAUUAGGCGCGUAGUGAAUCCUUACACAUUUUAUUUGAUUUUGCACCACAGUAACCAUGUCACAAAACAAUAGCCAAUCUCAAAGGUUCUGUCUUAGAUGGAACAACCAUCAAUCCAAUUUGCUCGCGGUUUUCGAUCAAUUGUUAACUAGUGAGGCGUUUGUGGACGUUACAUUAGCUGUUGAAGGGCAAAUGUUACGUGCACACAAAAUGGUUUUAUCAGCCUGUAGUCCAUAUUUUCAAACCCUUUUUGUUGGACAUCCAGAUAGACAUCCGAUAGUGAUACUCAAAGAUGUACCUUUAGUUGAUAUGAGGUCUUUAUUAGAUUUUAUGUAUAGGGGCGAAGUUAGUGUUGAUCAAGAUCGACUUGCUGCUUUUCUAAAAGUAGCUGAAUCCUUACGAAUUAAAGGUCUUACUGAAGUAAAUGAAGAUCGUGGCGAUCUACCAUCAUUAGCUUCUUCCCUACUUCAGUCUCACUCAUCAUCUCCGUCCUCUUCACCUGUACACAAUAAUCAAAUGGUUCAUGUACCUCAACUACAACGUAUACAUAAUCACAGUCCAAUGUCUUUAAAAAGGCCUUUGCCUUCACAUCCACUUCAUGAUCAACAACGCCAACAACUCUCCUAUCCAAUGAAUCCAUUAUUGGGAUCUGCUCUAACUGCACCUAAAAGAAAAAGAGGGCGUCCUAGAAAACUUUCUACUGGUAGUAAUUCACCUUCCAGACCCAGUGACAAUAAUAAUGAUGAUAGCAGAGCAUCCACACCAAUUGGCACAAGCGCGGGAAGUGGUCGUGAUCCACCAGAUUUGUUAGAGUUAAAUAUGUCUGAAGAAUCAGAAUCUGCUGCUGCUGCACCUAAAUACUAUGAUUCUCCCAAAGAUGAAAAUACAAUUGAGGAUGAAGAAAUGGAAGAAGAAUUUGUUGAAACUGAAAAUGGAAUAGUAAUAAAACAAGAGCCUAGUGAUCCAAUUCCAGGAACAUCUCAGGACUUAAGCACUUUGAAAAAAGAUCACGACUCUCAGUCCAGUUUGCAGUUAGACCAAAGUGUAUGUGAAUCUGAGCAAAUAUGUAGGUUGUCACUAGAAUCAAAUGGUAAAAAUGACUCUGACAAUAUGGCUAACAUUACUGGUCGACCAAUAAUGGAUAAAUAUUCUGUGCGUCAAUUUUGUACUCAAGAAUCUACUAAUUUAUUUAGAUGUAAACUAUGUCGUAAAACAUAUACACAUAUAAGCAACUUUUGUCGUCAUUUCCUUUCGUCUCAUCAUGGUGUAAGGCAAGAAAUUCCAUGUCCGGUUUGCUUCAGAAUGUUUACUAGGCGAGAUAAUAUGUUGACACAUAUGAAACAAGUGCAUAGACUAUCAGCUCCUAAAGUUUAUUCCACAAACAAUAAUGUAGGCCCUAGAUUCAAGUUUAACAAUUUGUGAGAUAUGAGUAACACAUUGUUAUUAUUGAGUGUCUUGACUAUCAAUCAGUAUUGGGAAUAAUAAUGAGGCAGACAUUAUCUCUUUUAAAGUACAUUUUUAAUAUAUUGUGCCAAAGUAAAAGUUUAAUAUAAUGCAAUAUCUUAUAUUUGAUUGAAAUUUAUUCAUGUUGUGUACUUAAUGUUCUAGAUUAAUAUUAUCAUGGGAGAUAUUAUAUUUUUUCUUAGGCAGUUAUUAUUUUAUUACAUAGUUUUGACUCGUCUCUUAAUCACUAUUAUUUGCUAUCUGUUUUGUAAAACUCCUUCCAAACUAACCCGUCCAAUUUCUUAAUUUUAAUCAAAUACUUGGGUUGUUAUUUUAUUUAUUAUUUUUUUUUUAAUAAUAUUGGUCAGAUAUACUAUUUUUUAGGAAUAAUAAUAAUUGUUAGGGAGCCCUAAUUAUGAGUAUUUUUUUUUUUUAUCUUUAAUUUAAUUAUCUUAACUUAUGACUAUAUCUAUUUAAAGAAAGCUUAAUUAUUGAUAAACCAAUAUUUAUCUAACUCAUGUGUAUAUUGAUUCUGAUUCUUACAUUAGUUAUAUUAUUAUUAUUUUAAAUUUAUCAAGUUUUUGUAUAAAGAUGUUGGUGUAAUCUAAUAUAUAUAACUAUAUUUUCAUAAUAAUUCAAAUCAAGCUCUUGUGAAACAUAAUUUUAGACCAGUAGAACUGUAUUUUAUUGUUUUUGUUUAUACCUAAUUUUUAAGUUGGGCUGUGUGUUUUCUUAGUCAAUUUGUUAUUAAUUCUGUCGUCUUGCCAUUAUAUUAUAAAGUUAAGUUUUAAGAAUAUAUAAUGUUGUUAAUGUAGAUUUGUUUACUUAUCUAUACAUAUAUUAAUUAUAUUUAUGUUCAUAAUUACUAUUAUAAUCUAUAGACUGCUAGAAUGGGUGAACUUAGUAAAUUAUUAGUUUAGUAAUCAACGGUGCUUUGUAACUUUUGGGGAAAUAACAAAAUGAUAUAUAUAUAUUUAUAUAUAUAUAUAUAUAUAUAAAUACUGAAUGCUAUUACUAAUUUUUAAUUGGCUGUGAAAGCUAAAAUGUUAGUAACAUUUUUGUUGUUUGUUUUUUUUUGGUUUGUUACAUCGAAUUUGAAGAAUGACUGAAUUAAUUAAGUAUCUUAUUUCAAUACAAUUGUUUAUUUUAUUUUUUUUUAAUUAAUCAAAUUCAUUAUUAUCAAUUAUAUGUGCCCUACAUUUUUCUCAAAUUAUAAGUAUAUGUUGACAAUUUUAUUUUAAUAUACUGGCGUUCUAUAAAAAUUUGUUAAACUAUUUAUGUAAUUAGUAAAAUUUUCUGAUAAAAUAUAAUGUGAUGUGUUAUUA